AUGCUUGGAAAUAAUGAAAAGUCUUCACAAGGGUCUUCAGUUAUGACAAAUAAACCUUGGGCUGUUAACUGUAUUGGUUCAACAAUUUCGCUUCCAAUUGCACCGGUAGUUUUGGAGGAUAGAAGUGGCAUGCCUGAUGGUACUUAUCCAAUCAGCCAAGAACAACUAAAUGCAAGUUACAACUGGAAAUUUAGUGAUUGGUAUCCCCGUUGUUGCAUGGCUUGCAGCCUUAACGGCUUAUAUCCUAUACAUGAAUGUAGAUGGCACGCUGCUGCCAUUGCAGUACCUGAAGAAAUCACAUCAUCGUGCGAAGAGAUGGAAUUGUGCGGUGAAACAGACUGCGAUAAGCCCCGUCAACGGCGAAAACCAAACAUUGGUGACUUACCUGAUCACGUAUUAAUUACUGUUUUCGAAAAUAUUCACAGAGUCGAAUUGACGCGUUCUAUCUGUUUGGUGUGUAGAAGAUGGAAUAGGCUUACACAAACUCCAAGGCUAUGGCGCGAAAUCCGCAUUGUUGUUUGUAAUGAGCCAUCAUGUCUGGACUCAAUACGGACAUUUCUGUACAGAGUAUGUCGGUUUAUUCAGAAACUUUGUAUAUAUAUUUUGAACUGCGAGCCUAUAUCUGAAAUGGACUUCAUUAAUCUGUUUCCUCCUCAGAUGCUUGCUGUUACGGUGCUGGACAUUGGCUUUUUGUGUUAUUUUACGGUUCCAGUUGUCCAAUUUCUUAUUACUUGUUUCCCAAAUGUUGAGAAGCUGAAUGUGGAAGGUCUCAAAAAGGUUGAUGAAGGAGCUUUCAAACUAAUGUUUUCUGAAGGUUUCACUCAGCUAAAAGAGUUAAUUCUCUCGCACUGUGAAUCGCUAACUUUACAAGAUUUCGAUAUGUUAUGUAGAGCCGCUCAUCCUUUGAGUGUUCUUAGCAUUGACGGGAUUUUAACUCUUCAGUCUUAUGCUGGUCUACGGCUAGCUGAAUCUUCAAUGGUCUCUUCGUUAACGAGAUUAUAUUUGGAUGGUGAGGAAAUGUAUGAUGCUGCGUUUGGUGCCAUAACUUGUUGCCGCAAUCUAGAACUGUUAUCAGUCUCUUACUGCGAAAGUGCAACUAACUUAUCUUUGACAUAUAUAAAGUCGCUUUCUAAACUGAAACAUUUGCAUUUACGCAAAGGAAAGGAAUUUACGGAAGAAGGCUUGAAAUCCUUUUUCGAAAUAAAUAAUGGAAAUCCUUCGUCUGCUCCAAUAUUUCCAGCCAAACUUAGGUACCUCAACCUUGGUGAAUGUCCAGGAGUUAACGAUGUAGUUGUCGAUCUCCUUACAAAAAGCUGUCCUGAGUUAGUGUCGCUCUGUUUAGUUUGGUGUUGGUCAGUUACUGAUAUUGGUUUUACACACUUAGUGCAACGGUUGAGUAAUUUGGAGUUUUUGGAUAUUCGCGGGAUGGACUGUAUUGAUGGCCGCGCUUUACUGAAGGUUCCUAACCUUCAUCUUAAAAAGUUAAGAUAUCUUGGUGCUGAACAGUGUCCCAGGAUUGAGGAUUCGACCUUGCAAAUUUUAAAUCUUCAGAAGAAGGAUUUGAUUAUAUCAAACUACCACAACUAUUUCAUUACGUUCGAACUUUGCAAUGGAAUAGCACGAUUUGGGGAGCGUUUUGACAAACAGUUUGAGGAAGCAGUUAGUGACGUGUUAUCACGUCAUGAAGGAUAUUGUUGUAUGGCUCUUUAG